AUGAAGAAUAUAGUGACUGAUGCACAGGUGCUCAUGGAUGUCAGACAGGAUAAUACAAUAUUGAUGUUCUCUGAUGUCAAAAUGCAAUCCAAGAUGUUGAGAGACCAAGUUAAUUUAAUAAAAAAUGGACUCCAAGCGUUAAAAUUACAGUUGGUUAAGAAAAAAACAAAAUACGGAUAUGAUAUCAGCCCAAAAGAUACAAAGUCAUAUUUUGAUACUCUGGUUUUUAAAGUCUUGAAAUCUCUCCAACAGUUGACUAAAAUAUUCCUGCAAGAAUGAAACAACUAUCAAGAUAUUUUUGAUGAAGAAGAUUUUAAUUGGAUUACUCAGUGCAAAGCAUACAAUAAUUCAGAUAAAGAUAUCAAGGAUGAGCUGCUCUCUCCAAAAAUUAAAUCUAGAGAGAAGCAGAAUCAAAUAGAAAUUCUUAGCAGAGCAAUAGACAAAUACUCCGAAAUGUCUGAAGAGUUCCUUAAAGAGUUUCAAAUUUAUGGGAAAUAAUGUGUCAAUGUACAAAAAUAUAAACGAUCUUUUCAGACUGAUGUACAAAUGUCGGAACCAGAUUAUCCAGCUUCAGACUUAUUGAGACAAAGUAAUAUGAUGCAACUUUCAAAGCAAAAUCGAUGUCCGAGCAAUAGAAAACCCACAGCUUCAGAAAAUAAUUUCUACAGAAAAGAAGGAAGCAAUAAUUAAAUAAAGUCUCUUAUUUCCUGAGGAAUAAGAUUAACUUGUUGACUAAACUGAAGGGGAAAUAAGGUUCUAAAAGGUCAAAGAAAUAAUGGUGAUUUGGAACUCGAUAUGGAUACCCUCUCCGAAUUAACCAAAGAUGGACAAGAGAUUGUCUCCCCAUUACCUAUUAACGAUCACUCCACUAUCAAGUUGAUUUAUAAGUUAAUGGAAAAAAAAAGAAGGAAAUUCAAAAGUCAAACUAUCAAAAGAGAUAAAUCUACCUAUCAGCCUGAUAUUUCUAAAAAUAGCAUGAGGUUCAAAUUCAAAGAUGAUCCUGCAGCGCAAUAUCAAAUGGUGAACAUACAUACAGAGAAAGCCUUUAAAACCGGGCUAAAGAUGUGCAGUCCGAAAGUUAGACAAAAACUAUCAAACGACAUGCAUCUACAAGUUGGAAUUUCACGAAACAUUGCUAAUCAAAGGAACAUAAAGCCUUUUGCUACUGAAAGAAGAUAUAGCACCAAUGUCCAGUCAUUUAAAAACAAUAUAUUGCCUAUGUCUGAAAAUUAUAAGAAAGGAUUUUUGAAAGCUGAAAAUAUGAACUCAGAACCAAAUCCCUUCAAUCAUUCUGCUCGAAUGUCAAGCUUUGCAAGCAAAAUUGGAAGUAAAUCUAAGUGCUCUAAUCUUAGCAUGCUGUUGAAUUUAUUCGACUCGCCUAGCUAAAGAAUUCAUUAAAUUGGCUGCUUCA